AUGCAUCAGACAUCGUCGGGCUUGCUGCGCAUGGCGGACGAUGACCGCCCCUUCACCAAGGACUUUGAGGAUCUGUUCUCCACUCUUAUCGUCAGUCUGCUUCCGCUCUCGGCUUACCGCGUCCGGUUGACCAAGAUCGAGUAUACUUUUCUGUCUGAAGAUGCCAUCAACAACUUGAGCUCUCUCAAAUUCUCCCAGGCCAACCGCAUACGUGACCCUAAUAAUCCUUCUAGCAUUAUCACCACUACAAUUACUAGCACGUUCUCCAUGGCCAAGGAUGUGGCUCGCUCCACCUGCCAGCGCUUCGUCGAGGCCCGGCUCAUCGAAUUAGCUGGUGGUAAGUACCAGCAGGUGUAUACUAUGAAAGGAUCCGUCUGGCUGCUAACAACCAAGGGAAUCGCCGUGUUGGAUUAUUUCUGCGCGAGAAAUGGCAUUUAUGAGAAGCAGGUGUCGGAACUUGCUGAUCUUGGAGUCAUCCAGCUUCUCCACAUCGAACGAGACCCACAAACUGACAAGCUUAUCCAUGACCAAGACACCAUCGAUGUUAUCUUCCGUCGGUUCGUCUCUGCUGGCGGUCCUAACUUUAAGUCUAGUGUGAAACUGGCUGAUUCAGACUUGUUGCAGGACUACCGGGAUGGUCUUGGUGGUGUAAAGAUGGCUGCCGAGCUCAUGGUCAACGGAAAGAAAUACAGGAAUACUUUCACCGGCAAAGCUACAACGGACUGGUUGAUGGAUUAUUCUACCGUUAUGGACAAGCGGGAAACCGUUGAGGUUGCCGCUCUCUUCGUCGAGUAUGAACUGGUGGAGCCCGUUGCCCAGGACUGGACUUACAUGUCCCAGAACCCCGGAUGCAAUAUCUUCCAGCCCACCGAGUAUGCCAUCUACCAAUUGAUACAGGGAGGAAGGGACCUUAUCAAUGGCUCAGGACUACGUGGGCGGGUGUCGGAACGCGAGGGUGGUGCUAUUUCUCAGCGGAACGGCAUCAAUGUGGAUUCCAGCACUCAGCGACUUAACGAGAUCCUAAACAACCCUGCCGUGCGACUUCUCUUCCGCGAGCAACUCCGGGAUACGCAUUGUGAGGAGAAUCUGUCUUUCUACCAAGAUGUACACGAGUUUUUACCGAGAUGUAAGGCGGCCACGCGCGCUGCCCAGAAGGCGCGCAACUUGAACGCGAUGGACGGCAUCAAGGAGAUCAUGGCUCAGGUGUACGGCAUCUAUAAUGCUUAUCUUGCUCCUGGCUCGCCUUGCGAACUCAACAUCGAUCACCAGCUGCGGAACAGCCUCGCCACUUUGAUGACCAAGGUUGUCGACCAGGAUAUUGCCAUGAUUUACCCUCUUCAAGAAGCGAUGCCGCUAUUUGAGGACGCCCAAACUGCCGUGCUGAAAUUGAUGGCCAGUGGUCGCCGACCAAACCCUAACAGGAAACAGGACUCGGUGCCGAAAUUCCUGAGCAGCUCCAAAUAUGAGCAGCAAUUGCGAAACUAA